GUUCAAUAAUACUGUCCGACUAACAACAUGCUCCAGUCCGGAACUAUUGUGCUGGAGGGAGCCGCUUAAGUUGUUACACUGUUAUGUAUCGCGGAGCUCUCACUUUUUAGAGUUGCUGACCAAAUAUUAAGAUGGGGGAGGUGUCAGCAGAUUUAAUCACCCUGGAUCUGCUAAGAGAAGCCAGGGAGACAGUGAGAAGCAGCCCGCUGGGUGUCAUCAAUACUCCCAUGAUCCCUUGGUGCCAGACUACCCUGCCUCUUCACAUUAACUGCAAAAUCCACAUUAAAUUGGAGAACAUGCAGAGAACAGGGUCAUUUAAGAUAAGAGGAGUAGCCAAUCAGUUUGCCAGGCGACCCAAGGGUGGUCAUUUUGUCACAAUGUCUGCUGGGAACUAUGGGAAAUCUUUUGCUUAUGCCUCAAAGCAUUUUGGAUCAAAGGGCAAAGUGGUAAUGCCAGAAACUGCUCCAGUGUCCAGAUCCAUCCUCAUACAGAGUUUUGGUGCUGAGGUGGAGCGAGUUCCAACUUCCUGUCUGAUGAGUGUGGUUAACCGCUGCGUGCAGGAGGACAGCAUGACGUUCCUACACUCAUAUGAUGACCUGGAUCUUAUAGCAGGGCAUGCCAGUCUUGGUAUGGAGCUGCUUGAGGUGAUGCCUGAGCCUGAUGUGGUGGUGGUCUGCUGUGGUGGAGGGGGUCUGCUAGCAGGAGUAGCUGCCGCCAUCAAACUGUCAGGCUGUGAUAAGACCAGAAUCUAUGGAGUGGAACCAGAAGGAGCAUGCACAAUGUACAACAGUUUCAUUGAGAAGAAGCCAGUGGGCAUGGACACCAAGAGUAUUGCCUCAGGACUAGCACCACCUUUUGCAGGCACACUACCCUUUGAGCUGUGUCAGCGUUAUGUAGAGGGGAUCGUCCUUGUGACUGAUGAAGAAAUAAAGAAAGCAGUUUCCGUCCUCUACAGUUCUGGACUUGUAGUAGAGCCAUCAGGCUCUGCUGCAUUUGCUGCCAUCUUUAACGACAAGAUUCCAGAGCUGGAGGGAAAAAACAUUGUGUGUAUCCUCAGCGGGGGAAACAUUGGAAAAGAUGAGCUCGUUCAUUUCCCAGGCUGACAAAGUAAACCUUAAAUGACACCAAG